AGAGCUCAAGUCCAGCCUCGAGAGCAGAUCAGAUCACGGUCUCCUGCUCGAACUCCCGCAGCUCCUCCGCUCCCUCGGUGCGCUUUUCUUUCGAAUUUCUCCCCGUCAUCCCGUGUCACAUCCGGUUCAGCACCGCCGCUUGGCCCCGCUUGUCAAAUUUCCUGCCCACACCUACUCCCUCUCGUAUUAACCAGCCAAGUUUGUCCUAGUGAUGAAGUAAUAUUUACGGCGCUUUCCCCGUUCAUCCCUGUUCAUUCGCGAUCGGGUCCAGAGAGGAAGCGUCGAGAAGCUGAGAUGAGCUAAGAAAAAACAAUGCAAAGCCAAAACCAUCCCAAAUCUCAUCUUCACCUCAUUCUGGCGCUGAAUUAAAACACAUUGGGUUAAGAUCCGUUCAAGAGGAAGCAUCGAGCCGGACAGCUGCACGGGAGAAACAGCCUUGCAUGUGAUUUUUUGUAUCCCCGGAUCAGGUGGCAUCGGCGGCGGAAGAUGCAGCCUGCAAACAAGCUCCUGAGUCUCACCCUCCUGGUGCUGAUGGGCACCGAACUCACCCAAGUGCUGCCUGCGAACCCUGAGGAGUCGUGGCAGGUGUACAGCUCGGCGCAGGACAGCGAGGGCAGGUGUGUGUGCACGGUUGUGGCUCCUCAGCAGACCAUGUGCUCACGGGAUGCCAGGACCAAGCAACUGAGACAGCUUCUGGAAAAAGUCCAGAAUAUGACUCAGUCCAUCCAGAAUCUUGACCAGAGGACCCAGAAAGACCUGCAGUAUGUGCAAAGAAUGGAGGUGCAGCUUAGAGGACUGGAAACCAAGUUCAAACAGGUGGAGGAAAGCCACAAGCAGAAUAUCGCCAAGCAAUACAAGGCCAUAAAAGCGAAAAUGGAGGAACUUAGGCCAAUGAUACCAGUGUUGGAGGAAUACAAGGCCGAUGCAAAAUUGGUAAUGCAGUUUAAAGAGGAGGUCAAGAAUCUGACGUCAGUGCUAAGUGAGCUGCAGGAGGAGAUCGGGGCCUUUGACUACGAGGAGCUCCACAACAGGGUGUCUAAUCUUGAGGAGAGGCUUCGUGCGUGCAUGCAAAAAUUAGCCUGUGGGAAGCUGACAGGAAUAAGUGACGCUAUCACCAUAAAGACGUCCGGAUCGAGAUAUGGAUCCUGGAUGACGGAUCCGAUUGCCCCUGAUGGCGAUACGAGGGUGUGGUACAUGGACGGCUACCACAACAAUCGCUUCGUCCGCGAAUACAAGUCCAUGGCCGACUUCAUGUAUUCCGACAACUUCACCUCACACCGGCUUCCUCACCCCUGGUCGGGCACGGGACAGGUGGUCUACAACGGCUCCAUCUACUUCAACAAGUUCCAAAGCAACACCAUCAUCAAAUUCGACUUCAAGACCGCCACCAUCAGCAAAUCCGGCCAGCUGGAUUACGCCGGAUUCAACAACCGAUACCACUAUUCCUGGGGCGGCCACUCUGACAUCGACCUCAUGGUGGACGAAGGCGGACUUUGGGCGGUUUACGCCACCAAUCAAAACGCAGGGAACAUCGUGAUCAGCAAACUCAACCCGGCCACCUUGCAAAUCGUCAAAAGCUACACCACCAACCACCCAAAGAGGAGCGCGGGCGAGGCUUUUAUGAUCUGCGGGACGCUUUAUGUCACCAACGGCUACUCAGGAGGGACAAAAGUCUACUACGCUUUCCACACCAACUCCUCCACGUACGAAUACAUCGACAUCCCAUUACAGAACAAGUACUCGCAUAUCUCCAUGCUGGAUUAUAACCCGAGGGACAGAGCUCUUUACGCGUGGAAUAACGGACAUCAGGUGCUGUAUAAUGUCACCUUGUUCCACGUCAUUCGCUCGGAGGAACUCUAAAGUGACUUUCUCCAUCCGUCCGAAGUAGCACCGAUGGAGUUUAUUAGCGGAAAAUAGAGUAAUGCCCGAUUGAUUGUUCAAUAAAAGAAGACGUACAAAUGUAUCAAAAGUAAUAGUUCAAGGCAACGUUACGAACAGCUGCCAAAAAGGUAUUUUUUCUUGUUUUUUUAAGCUUUCCUUAGAUGAUUGUGUUGAAUUUCUCGCUGCAAAAACGUUUCGGUUAUUAGUGUUUUCAUCGCACUGCGCACUAGAAAUAUCGGCGCAUUCUUAAAACAGUAUUGGUUUAUUUGAGAAUAUCUUUUUUUCUUAUUUUAAGCACUUUGUAAGUGUAUUUCUGACAGAUCUCUUCUGAAAACAACAACCCAGGCUCAUUCUGAAAACGUACCUCUAUAUUCAUUUUUGGAGAGCGCCAAAUAAGUCCCAGGAGCUACUUUUUUUGCAGUUUUUGUUUUCGCGAAUCCACCAGAGGGCGCUGUGUAUGCUUUUUGAGAUCUUAAAUUUCUCUCGCGAGUGCUAUUCGCGCCUGCUCUUCUUGCGUAAAUCCACCAGAGGCUGAUAUCGACUGACCCGCCCUCCUCCUUCCCUAAACCUAACUGAUAGUAUUUUAAAAAGAACAGAUUGACCCAAAUACCCACUUUCCUAAACCUAACCGACAGUUUUAAAAAGCAAUCCAGUAAAAGAAAAGCCCUCACUUUUUUUAGUCUUACCCACUUUCUGGAACCGUUUUACGAUGGACGUCAUGGUCAACUCCUCCUCAUGCGUCUCAAAUCUGCCGAUUUACAUGGCGAGCUACUGGACAAACUGGUAACAGAGGGAAAGCCGUUCAUACGGACGUAAGCAGUCAGCUGAUAAGCGAGAAAAGGAAUGGCGUCUUACCACCCCGUAGCUUUCAUUUUAAAGACUAAAUGCUGCCAUACAUUCUUCUAGUUACAUAAUUUGCGAUCUAUGACAGUCAAAAGACAUGCGGUACAGGUGAAUUGGGUAAGCUAAAUUGUCUGUAGUGUAUGAGUGUGUAUGAGUGUGUAUGGGUGUUUCCCAGAGAUGGGUUGCAGCUGAAAGGGCAUCCGCUGCGUGAAACAUAUGCUGGAAAAGUUGGCGGUUCAUUCUGCUGUGGCGACCCCAGAUUAAUAAAGGGACUAAGCCAAAUAGAAAAUGAAUGGUAUUUCUUUACAAAGUGACAUCGCCCCCUACUGGCCUGGCAUGCAUCAUUUUAAGUCUUUUCCAUUGAUCCGCGUAAAUGGGUAUUGUUAUGCUAACAUUUUGCGAACAUGACAUUUUGUACAUUGUUGUCAUCUAAACGUACACUAUAAAUAGUAAUCAUUACUUUAAAUGCUUUUUUCCCAGUAUGUUUUGACAUUUUUACUGCAGGCUCAUAGUAUUUCUUUACAAAGUACCGUCGCCCCCUAUUGGCCUGGCAUGCAUCAUGUAUCAUUUUUAGUCUUUUUUUAUAAGUUUGUUUAAAUGGGCAUGGUUUUGCUAACAUUUUGCGAACACAACAUCUGUUUUUCGCACAUCGUUGUCAUCUGAACAUACACUAGAAAUACUAAUCCUUACUUUAUUUUUUUACUUUUCCGUGUUUAGACAUUUUUACUGCAGGCUCAUAGUAUUUCUUUACAAACUGACAUCGCCACCUACUGGCCUGGCAUGCAUUAUUUUUAGUCUUUUCCACUGAUCCGCAUAAUUGGGCAUUGUUUUGCUAACAUUUUGCGAACACGACAUGUUUGUCGUACAUCGUUGUCAUCUAAACGUGCUCUAGAAAUAGCAAUCCUUACUUCAUCUCCAAAUUUUCCAGUAUGUUUAGAUAUUUUUACUGCAGACUCAUAGUAUUUCUUUACAAAGUGACAUCGCCACCUACUGGCCUGGCAUGCAUCAUUUUGUCUUUUUCAUAGAUUUGCAUAAAUAGGCAUGGUUUUGCUAACAUUUUGCGAAUACAACAUCUAUUUUUCAUACAAAGUGACAUCGCCACCUACUGACCUGGCAUGCAUCAAUUUUAGUAUUCUUUAUAGAUUUGCGUAAAUGGGCAUUGUUUUGAGAACAUUUUGUGAACACGAUACAAGUUUUCCGCACAUCCUCACCAUCUAAACAUUCACUAGAAAUAGUAAUCCUUACUUUAUUUGCAACUUUUACAGUAUAUUGAGAUAUUUUUACUGCAGGCUCAUAGUAUUUCUUAACAAUGUGGCCCCCUACUGACCUGGCAUGCAUCAUUUUGUCUUUUUCAUAGAUUUGCAUAAAUCGACAUCGUUUUGCUAACAUUUUGCGAACACAACAUCUGUUUUUCGCACAUCGUUGUCAUCUAAACAAACUCUAGGAAUAAUAAUCCUUAUUUUUUUUUGCAAAUUUUCCAGUAUGUUUAGAUAUUUUUACUAAAGGCUCAUAGCGUUUCUUUACAAAGUGACAUCGCCACCUACUGGCAUGCAUUAUUUUUAGUAUUUUUCAUUGAUCUGCGUAAAUGGACAUUGUUUUGGGAACAUUUCGCGAUCACAACAUCUGUUUUUCGUACAUCCUCAUCAUCUAAACGUACUCUAGAAACAGUAAUCCUUACUAUAAACCUUUCCAGUAUGUUUAGAUAUUUUUACUGCAUAUCGCCCCCUACUGGCCUGGCAUGCAUAAUUUGAUCUUUUUCAUAUAUUUGUGUAAAUUGACAAUGUUUAAGAACAUUUUGCGAACACAACAUUUGUUUUGUGUACAACAUCUAAACGUGUACGCUAGCAAUAGUAAUUCCUACUUUGUUUGCAACUUUUCCAGUAUGUUUAGAUAUUUUUACCGCUGACGAAUUCACUAAUCAAUCCAACCGUUUUUGCAGUGUUCUUAUCACUACUUGUACAGCUUUCCGAAGACGAUUCAGUUACAUAAUAGAGAGCAAGAAAACGUGACACAAGAUGUCUUUUAGUUUGUCCUUUGUAUUGAGAGCAAUCAAACCAUCAGCUAAAGAAGCGAAGGCACUGACUGUUGAAGGCCCUCUGUGUUUUGUUGUGACUGUAUGUAGAUCAAAGAUUUGCAUGACCAUUUUUAGCACAAGGAUUGUAUGAUUUCAUUUUGUUUUGCGCAGUAAUAUGACAAAGCGUACGUGAACAAGAGAUUAGAUUAGCGAUUGGUUUUGCUAUUCUUCCUGCCAUGCUUUAUUUUUUGCUGUAUCUCUUUUGCGAUCUGUUUCUUUUACAUUUGUGUUUAUAAAGUGACUAUUUAAUUGUAGGAUGGAUUGUACGAAGCGAAGCGUAUCUAUUUAAAUAUAAAGUUGUCAGCAAAAAAAAAAAAAGGUAUCUAAAGACAAUGUAAAAAUAAUGUAUUAUUCUGUAUUUCAAAGACAGAUCCGUGUGUCAGCUGUCUUAGUUAGAAGAAAUCGAUGGCGUCAUCUAAAACUGUUACGCUUGCAUCUGUGUUGUACUUGCAAUGUGAUUCAUAUCAAUAAAGCCAGUCUUUAUUUUA